AGAAGAAAAAGAGAUUUUGCUUAGCCUGGCUAUCACAGACAGAAGGAGAAGACUUAGUGUCAGGCAGAAUGUUGUGGAGUUUCUGAGCUUAGGAGAUAGUCUUUACUCAAGCUAGUCCUUAAUGAGAUUAAUAGCUGACAGUGAGUAAUGCAAUACAUGUAAUUUCAGAGAAGCUCACCAAGGAGGACUUAAAAUAUGAAUAAAAUUGCUCAGUUGCACUUUUACCUAAGUAAUCCUACUGUAUAUUUACCAGAGUAUAUAUGCACUUGACCACUCCAGGGACAAAGGAAGGAAAGAAAGCAAGACUAUAUCUUCACGUAGCCAGAAUCAGCAUGAUUGACUUUAACUCCACUGCAUUCACCAAUCCUAGUACCUUCUUCCUGAUGGGCAUACCUGGCCUAGAAUAUUUGCAUAUUUGGAUAGCCAUCCCUUUCUGCUCAAUGUAUAUUGUGGCGCUCAUGGGAAACAUACUUAUCCUUUUUAUCAUCAAAACUGAGACUGUUCUCCAUGAACCCAUGUUCUAUUUUCUUUCCAUGUUGGCCAUCACAGACCUCAUCUUGUCAACCUCCACUCUUCCCAAGAUGUUGGGUAUGUUCUGGUUCAAUUAUCAUGAAAUCGGCUUCCAUGCCUGUCUCACUCAGAUGUUUUUCAUCCAUGCUUUCUCUGGGGUGGAGUCAGGGCUUCUUGUGGCCAUGGCACUUGACCGGUAUGUGGCAAUCUGCAAUCCGCUGAGACACACAUCCAUUCUUACAAAUACUGUGGUGGCUCGAGUUGGCAUAGUGGCACUUCUACGUGGGUUAGUACUAAUGACACCACAUCCAUUUCUGGUAAGGAGAUGGCCAUAUUGCCAGUCCAAUGUAGUCCCCCACACAUACUGUGAGCACAUGGCUGUGGUGAAAUUGGCUUGUGCUGACAUUUCCAUCAAUAGUCUUUAUAGUUUGGCAGUCAUUGUCUUAAUUGUUGGGACUGAUGUGACAUGCAUCUCUCUGUCCUAUGUACAGAUACUUCGUACUGUAUUUAAUCUCCCUUCUAAUGAUGCCAGGUUGAAGACCCUCAGCACUUGUGGGUCCCAUGUGUGUGUCAUCCUCACCUUCUACAUCCCUGCUCUUUUUUCCUUCCUCACCCACCGUUUUAGUAAGCAUAUACCACGCCACACCCACAUCCUGCUGGCCAACAUGUACUUGUUGGUACCACCUAUGCUGAACCCUAUCAUCUAUGGAGUAAGGACCAGACAGAUCCGAGAAUGUGUUCAACAAUUAUUCAUGACUAAAAUCAGCUGAGAAUUCUGGGUCUUAUUUUUCCACUUAUUCCCAUCCUCUUGUAAUUCUUUGGUAUAAAUUUCUUAGAUUCUAGCUUCAGCAAGACCAAGUAUUAGAAUCUUAAUUCUUACUUACUAUUUCCAUAAGUGGAAGUUAUAUUUAACUAACAUGCACAUGUAAAACAGAUACAGCAAUACCUAUGUCAUAAGUUAAUGGUUACAAAGUGUUUAGUACUGUUUCUAGUAUAUUGUAGCACCUAAUAAAGAUAUUAUUUCAGUCUAUGAAAUAAUUCUUCUGUGUGUUUUGUGUUUGUUUUCUCAGUGUCUUUAUGAAACAUGUUUAUUAGUUUAUUUUAUAAGAUUAACCAAAUAAGAACAUCAAUCUGACUGUGGCUUUUUUUUAAUGUUUAUUUAUUUUUGAAGGAGAGAGAGACAGAGCAUGAACUGGGGAAGGGCAGAGAGAGGGAGACACAGAAUUCUAAGCGGGCUCUAGGCUCUGAGCUGUCAGCACAGAGCCUGACGCAGGGCUCGGACUCAAGAACCAUGAGAAUGACCCAAGCCAAAGUCCGACGCUUAACUGACUGAGCCACCCAGAUGCCCCUUUUUAUCUUUUUUAAUGGGGGAAUUUUCAACUAGAUAAUCCAGAUGGCAGUCUGCAUUGGGUUGAUUUGUCCUCUCACUGUAACCAUAGGGAAAGUUGGUGAGAGAUGGGCAGAAGAGAAAAAUGUUGGGUAGGCCACAGAGCUUUCAGCUUGCAACUUAUGAGAAGGGUGCAUGUUAGGAACUCCCUUGAGAAUUGAUAUGGAUUGCAAAGUGAGUCAUUCCCACUGCUAGUGCAAACACUGUGUAUCUUUCAAACUUGUGGAAAAUUUCAAAGAAUUAGAACUGUUAUUCCUGAAAUGAGCAAAUAAAAUAAAAUGAUGACUGAUUUUGCAUUCAUCUAUCCACUCAGCAAGUAUCUAGUAAGUAUCUGUAAUGUGCCCAACACUUAUAUGGGCAUAGAAGACAUGACAGUAAACAAAAGAAGCAAAAUUAUUUCCCUUAGUGAAGCUGAUAGGCAAUACGUAAAGAUAGUAAAUGAAAGUAAUUAAUGUAUACUGAUUAUAAGGGGGACUUUUCUAGUAAUAUUUAAUGUUACAAAUUUUAGUCUAAUCUACUUCUGGUUGUAUCCCACACCUUUUUAUUGCUGAUGGAUACUGAAAGAGGAAUCUUAAGUUUUCCAAAUACAAUAGUGGAUCUGACAAUAUUUUCUUUCAUUUCAUCAAUUUUCUUCAUGUAAUUUGAACUCUGCACUUAAGUGCAUAUGCAUUUAUCUUCUUUUAUCUUGAUAUAAUACCCGUCUUUAUCCUUGACAGUAUCUCUUAUUCUGAAUUCUACUUUGUCUUAUAUUAAUAUAGCCACUUCCUCCUCUUUUACAUACUGUCUACAUGGCAUGUGUUUUCCAACUUUUUAAUUUAACCUAUCUAUGUAUUUAUAUUUAAAGGAGUUUUUUGUACACAAAUACAGUUGGAUCUUGUUCUUUUAUCCAAUUUCACUAUCUCUGUCUUAAAUUGGUGUGUUUAGACCAGUACCAUUUAAUGUGAUUAAUGAUAUGGUUGAGCUUAAGUUUACCAUUUUUGUAUGUGUUUCCCGUAAGUCUGAUCUGUUUGUUGUUCUUAUUCAUCCCCUCCCCCCACUGCUUACUUUUGAAUUUAAAUAGUUUUAGUAUUGAGUUUUAAUCUAUCUAUUGGUUUUUGGCUAUAAUCUAGUUUAUUUUAUUUUAUUUUGUAGGGAUUGCUCUAGAUCACAGUUUUCCAACUGUGACACUGUUACUAUUUUCAGCCAGAUAAUAAUUUGAUGGAAAGUUUGUCCUGUGCACUACAGGAUGUUUAGCACGUUCUCUGGUCUAUGGCUGCUAGAUACUGCUAACAACUAAUGGUAUCUCUAGAAAUUACCAAAUGUCUGACUGGGAGCAAAUAGGACUGAGAACCACUGAUAUACAGAUUGUGACAUACAUACCUAACCUUUCACAAUUGACUUAGAGUUAAUAUUUUACCACAUCAAGUGAAAUGUAAAAGAACCUUACUUUUAUGGGAUCCUGUACUUCCCUACAUGUUGCAGUUGUCAAAUGUACAUCUGCAUGCAUGGAAACCCCACAAAAGCUAUGUAAAAGUUAUCUUAAACAACUGGAGCAAGUGACUUUCAUAUUUAACCAUAUAAUUAUAAUUUCUGUUGCUCUCCCUUUACUACUGAUCUCCUAAUUUUCAAAUUUGUAUAACCUCUCUUCAACCAUAAGUCAUUUUAGAAUUUCAUGUUGAGACUGGCUGCUGGUGAUGGAUUCUCUCAGAUUUUCCUCAGCUGGCAAAGCCUUUAUUUCAUCUGCAUUCCUGAAAUAUAUUUUCUCUGUGUGCUGAAUUUUGAGUUAACUGGUUUUUUUUAAAAUAAAUUUUAGCGCUUAAAAAUACUGUUCCACUGUCUUCUGGACUUUAAGCUUCAUUAUGAGAAAUUACACUCAUUCAAAUUGUUCAUCUUCACAUAAUGACUUAUUUUUCUGGCUCUUUGCAAUAAAUUUUCUUUAUCUUUGAUUUUUACCAAUUCAAUAUGUUCUUUCUAUACGUAUGCUGUUCUUUAAGUUUACUUGUUUAGGGAUCAAGAAGUUUUAAAAAUCUAUGAAUUUAUAUCUUUUACCAAGUUUAAAAAUAAUUUCCUAUUGUUUCACUAAAUAUAUUUCUCUGCCCAAUAUUUUUUUUUCCUCCUUCUGGGACACCAGUGACAUGAAUAUUAGAGAUUUUUAUGUGUUCUACAUCCUUGAAGUUCUGUUCAUGAUUUUAAUAUUUUUUCUCUAUUCUCCAGAUUUAAUCAUUUUCUUAAUCGAGUUUACACUUUCUUCUUCAUUCUGCUAUUGAGCUAAUCUGAUGAAUUUCAGAUUUAAGACUUUUACUUAUAAAAUGAUGACAUUGUUCUUUUUUUAUACUUUGUUAUCUCUGUGUACGACCUCUCUUUCACAUCCUUCAACAGUGUUUACCUUUAAGUCAUAAAGAAUAAUUGUCAUAACUGCUUUAGAGUUUUUGUAUGACAGUUCCAACGUCUGACUGAUAUUGGGAUUGGAAUCUGUGGAUCAUUCCUUCCCUUGAUAAUCACAUGUUUUCUGGUUUUUCAUAUGUUUAAUAUUUAAAAUUUUUUUUAUCAUGAACAUUUUGAAUAUAGAUCUUGUUAAAAUCCUUUGUAUAAGGUUGAUUUUAUC